AUGAUUCGGCCGUUUUUGGAUGCAUUUUGGAAUGAAGAUGUGUGGUUACCGCCUAAUACUACCUGGUCGGACCUCGCGCCCGGGCCCGAUAAGGCAGUAGUAUAUACCGAUCAUCGGCAUGUCUUCUUCCCUAUACCGUUAGCGCUGGUUUUCAUAACUCUACGUUAUAUAUUAGAGAGGUAUUUGUAUGCUCCUUUUGGUCAGUAUUUAGGAAUCAAAGGAACAAAACCUAGAAAACCACCACCAAACCCAAAACUAGAAGAGGCAUAUAAUAAAACAUCUCAUAUAACCAAACAGCAAUUAUGCGCCCUAGCAAAACAGUUGGAUAUGUCGGAGCGUCAAGUGGAGCGAUGGUUGAGGCUGCGAAGGUGUCAGGACAAGCCCUCAACACUAGUCAAGUUUUGCGAAAAUGCCUUCAAAUUCUCAUUCUACGUCUGCAAUUUCUUGUUCGGACUCUACAUAUUGUGGGAUAAGGACUGGCUGUGGGAUAUUGAUCAGUGUUAUGUUGGAUAUCCUCAUCAGGGUCUAACAUCAGACGUGUGGUGGUACUACAUGAUCAGCGCGGCGUUCUACUGGUCGCUGACGCUGUCGCAGUUCUGGGACGUGCGGCGUAAGGACUUCUGGCAGAUGUUCGUGCACCACCUCGCCACCAUCGCGCUGCUCUCCUUCAGCUGGGUCUGCAACCUGCACCGCAUCGGCACCCUCGUGCUCUUGCUGCACGACUGUGCUGAUAUAUUUGUUGAGUCGGUGAAGGCAGCGAAAUAUGCAAGAUAUCAGAAACUAUGCGAUUCGCUGUUCCUCGGACUCAUCAUCACGUGGAUCACCACCAGGGUUGGGAUUUACCCGUUUUAUAUAAUUUGGAGUACAUCGAUCCGGGCGCCCAUGAUAGUACCAAUGUUUCCAGCAUACUACAUCUUCAACUCCCUGCUCUGUUUGCUGCUGGUGCUGCAUAUUGUGUGGACUUGCCUUAUAUUGCAAAUCGCGUAUAAAGCUAUACAGGCUGGACAGAUGGAUGGCGAUAUUAGAAGUUCUAGCUCUGAACUAAGCGACAGCCCGAACCACUCCAACCACAGCUCGCCGUCGAGGAAUAAUAAAAAGAAAGACACA